AUGCCACCCAACAGGACACCAACCACCCAGCAACCAACCACCCAGCAACCAACCAGCAACCAACCACCCAGCAACCACCCACCCAGCAACCAACCAGCAACCAACCACCCAGCAACCAACCAGCAAACAACCAACCACCCAGCAACCAACCACCCAGCAACCAACCAGCAACCAACCACCCAGCAACCAACCAGCAAACAACCAACCACCCAGCAACCAACCACCCAGCAACCACCCAGCAAAGCAACCACCCAGCAACCACCCACCCAGCAACCAACCACCCAGCAACCAACCACCCAGCAACAGCAACCACCCAGCAACCAACCACCCAGCAACCAACCAACCAGCAACCAAACCCAGCAACCAACCAGCAACCAACCAGCAAACAACCAACCACCCACCAGCCACCCAGCAACCAACCACCCAGCAACCAACCAACCACCCAGCAACCAACCAGCAACCAACCACCCAGCAACCAACCAGCAAACAACCACCCAGCAACCAACCAGCAAACAACCAACCACCCAGCAACCAACCAGCAAACAACCAACCACCCAGCAAACAAACAACCACCCAGCAACCAACCAGCAAACAACCAACCACCCAGCAACCAAACAACCAGCAACCAACCAGCAACCGAACAACCAACCAACCACCCAGCAACCAAACAACCAACCACCCAGCAACCAAACAACCAACCAACCAACCACCCAGCAACCAAACAACCAACCAACCACCCAGCAACCAAACAACCAACCAACCCAGCAACCAGCAGCAACCAACCACCCAGCAACCAACCAGCAAACAACCAAACCAGCAACCAACCAACCAACCACCCAGCAACCAACCAGCAAACAACCAACCACCCAGCAACCAAACAAACCCACCCAGCAACCACCCAGAAACCAAACAACUACCCACCCAGCAACCACCCAGAAACCAAACAACCAACCAACCACCCAGCAACCAAACAAUCAACCACCCAUCAACCACCCAGAAACCAAACAACCAACCAACCACCCAGCAACCACCCACCCAGCAACCAACCAGCAACCAACCACCCAGCAACCAACCAGCAAACAACCAACCACCCAGCAACCAACCACCCAGCAACCAACCAGCAACCAACCACCCAGCAACCAACCAGCAAACAACCAACCACCCAGCAACCAACCACCCAGCAACCAACCACCCAGCAACCAACCACCCAGCAACCACCCAGCAAACAACCACCCAGCAACCACCCACCCAGCAACCAACCACCCAGCAACCAACCACCCAGCAACCAACCACCCAGCAACCAACCACCCAGCAACCAACCACCCAGCAACCAACCAACCAGCAACCAACCACCCAGCAACCAACCAGCAACCAACCAGCAAACAACCAACCACCCACCAGCCACCCAGCAACCAACCACCCAGCAACCAACCAACCACCCAGCAACCAACCAGCAACCAACCACCCAGCAACCAACCAGCAACCAACCACCCAGCAACCAACCAGCAAACAACCAACCACCCAGCAACCAACCAGCAAACAACCAACCACCCAGCAAACAAACAACCACCCAGCAACCAACCAGCAAACAACCAACCACCCAGCAACCAAACAACCAGCAACCAACCAGCAACCGAACAACCAACCAACCACCCAGCAACCAAACAACCAACCACCCAGCAACCAAACAACCAACCAACCAACCACCCAGCAACCAAACAACCAACCAACCACCCAGCAACCAAACAACCAACCAACCACCCAGCAACCAACCAGCAACCAACCACCCAGCAACCAACCAGCAAACAACCAACCACCCAGCAACCAACCAGCAAACAACCAACCACCCAGCAACCAACCAGCAAACAACCAACCACCCAGCAACCAAACAACCACCCACCCAGCAACCACCCAGAAACCAAACAACCAACAAACCACCCAGCAACCAAACAACUACCCACCCAGCAACCACCCAGAAACCAAACAACUACCCACCCAGCAACCACCCAGAAACCAAACAACCAACCAACCACCCAGCAACCAAACAAUCAACCACCCAUCAACCACCCAGAAACCAAACAACCAACCAACCACCCAGCAACCAAACAACCACCCACCCAUUUCCCCAAAUUGACAAGUAGUAGGACAGGCAGAACUACAGACAACCAGAACCUUCAUUACUGCACUAAUCUCCUGUCAUUUUCAAUGGGGGGGUUCACUUCAGCCAUAGUGAACUAUAGCCCAGACUGUUAG